CUCAUGCACGCUGCAGAAAGCCUUGGCUGUCCGUCCGUGCAGAGCAGCUCGUAAUUCUGCACAGAUUGAAUUUUGUUUUGUAUGUUAAACCAAAGGCCAGGGUGAUCGCGUACUACAAACAAAUGCGUUUUGGUUUAUGCAGUUUACGCAUUUCAUGUUUACGUGGUGUUUGUGCUGUCAGUCUGCGACACGUGUGUGGUCUCAAAACAACUGCAAACAUGCCCAAAAGAGCCAAGAAGAAUGAGGAAUCUGUAGAAGGGGAGGCAGACAAUGGAACUGCACCUGCAAAGAAAGAGAAAAAGGGGAAAGAACCCGAAGCCCCAAUUUUAUAUGAAGAUCCCCCAGAUAAGACGACCAGUAAGGAUGGCCGUCCAGCCAACAUGAAGAUCACCUCCUGGAAUGUGGAUGGGCUACGUGCAUGGGUGAAAAAGAAGGGACUUGAUUGGGUACGUUCAGAGGACCCAGAUGUGCUGUGCCUGCAAGAAACCAAGUGUGCUGAGAAAUCACUUCCAUCUGAGAUCACUGACAUGCCUGAGUAUCCACACAAGUACUGGGCUGGAUCAGAGGACAAAGAGGGUUACAGUGGAGUGGCCAUGUUAUGCAAGACUGAGCCUCUCAAUGUCACCUAUGGUAUCGGUAAGGAAGAACAUGAUAAAGAGGGUCGCGUUAUCACUGCCGAAUUUCCGUCUUUUUUCCUUGUGACGGCAUAUGUGCCUAAUGCCAGCCGUGGUCUGGUGAGGCUUGACUACCGCAAGACCUGGGACGUAGAUUUUAGGGCCUAUCUAAGCAGCUUGGAUCAGCGCAAGCCCCUGGUGUUGUGCGGUGAUCUGAAUGUGGCCCACCAAGAGAUCGAUCUUAAAAACCCCAAGGGUAACCGCAAGAAUGCUGGCUUCACCCCUGAGGAACGUGAGGGCUUUACCCAGCUGUUGGCGGCCGGUUUUACUGAUAGUUUCCGGGAGCUGUAUCCAGAGCAGGCAUAUGCCUACACCUUCUGGACGUACAUGAUGAACUCACGGGCCAAAAACGUGGGCUGGCGCUUGGACUACUUUGUGCUGUCAAAUGCCUUGCUGCCAAGCCUGUGUGACAACAAGAUUCGUAACACUGCCAUGGGAAGUGACCACUGUCCCAUUACCCUGUUUUUGGCUGUAUAGAUCAGGUGUCUUGUAUGUCCUAUCCAGAGCCACAACCAUUUAGUCUCUGAAUUACUUUUCUAGUGCUUUGGUUAAACACAUUUUGCAUAUAUGCAGAAGGGUCUAGCUUUGUUAGUCUUAGAUUUUUGCUCUGAAAAACAAAAACCAGUCCAGAUACUUUUUGUUAUUGAUUUUACAUCAUUGCUAAUUGACACUAAAAUAGCACCAUAAGCAGAAUAAUACAUGCUUUUUUCCAUGUUUUAUUUGUUGUAUUUUAGAAACCCUUGUUGGAUAUCUAAAUUAGAAACACUGUCAAAACUACUGUAACAAACGUUGACUCAAUGCUGUGAUAAUAAGAGAUGAAGAUUUAAUAAGCUCUUUGGGUUUGGGCCUUGGUGCUAUUUUAACUCUUGGCCGUUACAAUGCUUCCUCUUCAAAUGGCGAAGCCAUUGCCAUUGGUUGUUUCAUGUUGCUACAUAUGCUCAAUUCAAACAAGAUGAGUUUUAGAAAACUAUACAUUAAAUGAAAAUGUUAUACUUUGUUUCUUUCUGUCUGUUACCUUUUGAAAUAAACUGUAGUUUAUUAAAAAAAUC